AUGUCAAAACCAAUCCUACACGAAGAGUCAAUUCGCAAAGGCCUUCUAAAAAUAAAUGGUUUCGGACUUCCUCAUUGGUCGUUGUCGGUUUUAGACACAGUUCCUCCAUCUCAUGUAUUGGAAGUUCACUACAAGUUGAAAAAUUUUAAAAAGACGUGGGAGUUUUUAAACUUGAUUGCUAAGCAGGCAGACUUGAAAAAACAUCAUCCAAAGAUCACAACUGUAUACAACAAGAUUGACAUCGAAUUGACUACUCAUGACGUGGGAAAUAAUAUAACUGAGGCAGACAUUGGACUAGCUGAAGCUAUACAUCAAGAGUUUCACACACUACAAAUUCCUGAUAGUGGAAGCAAAUGA